GCGAGGAGGAAAAUAUCGCUAAAGUGUUCGGGGCUGCAGUGCUCGUCACUUCCGGCCCGUGUGCUGCUCAGCGGAGUAUCGUCACGUCCGCUGGUCUGGAGCUCAGAGAAGAUGGCGGCUGUUGUCGUGAGCGCUGACGGAGGAGUGUCUCCGGUGGAUUCGGGCUCGGUGUCUCCGCGUCUGCCUUCGCCGUCGCCAGUACCGGAGCAGCAGCAACAGAACAACCCGCUGCUCGGGCUGCCGAUCGUCGCCAUCGACACCAUCCUCAACUUCCUGACCUAUGACGAGAUCAGCCUGCUGAGACUGGUGUGUAAGCGCAUGGACAUGAUCUGUCAGCGUAUGCUCAAUCAAGGCUUCCUGAAGGUGGAGCGUUACCACAGUCUGUGCCAGAAACAGGUCAAAGCGCAGCUGCCCAGGAGGGAGUCGGAGCGCAGGAAUCACUCGCUGGCGCGUCACGCAGAUAUUUUAGCGGCGGUGGAGACACGUCUGUCGCUGCUCAACAUGACCUUCAUGAAAUACGUGGACUCAAACCUCUGCUGCUUCAUUCCUGGAAAGGUGAUCGAUGAGAUUUACCGUGUUUUGCGGUAUGUCAACUCCACGCGUGCUCCUCAGAGAGCCCAUGAGGUGCUGCAGGAGCUGCGGGACAUCUCCUCCAUGGCCAUGGAGUAUUUCGAUGAGAAGAUCGUCCCCAUCCUGAAGAAGAGGCUUCCGGGCGCUGAUCUCUCCGGACGCCUCAUUGGAUCCGCUCCGGUGGCCGGUCCGUCCACCUCUCUGACCACCAUGUCUCUGCUGGCCAAGAACACGCCGUCGCGCUCGGAGAUGACGAAGCUGCAGCAGCAGGUGAAGGUGAACGGCGCCUCCAUGACGGCUCUGCGGCGCGAGAUGCAGGAGGUGCGUCUGAAGCAGCUGGAGCAGCAGAAGCAGCUGCAGGACCAGGAGCAGAAGCUGCAGGAGCAGUCGCAGGUCAUCGGGGAGCAGAACGCGCGGCUGGCCGAGCUGGAGCACAAACUGCGGGAUCUGAUGGACAGAGCGGUGGGCGCCGGAGAUCCAGACGCCGCUGCAGCCUCCAGCCAGAGUUUGUGUGUGAAGCGCCGCAGCUGCUCCGAGCUCCCGCGACACUCCAAACGCCUGCGCAGCAAGAAGUAGACCCGGAUGGAUGCCGAGGUGUUUUUAUUUCUGAACGUUACGUUCACUGCGCACAAACAAAUGCUUUUCUUAGUUGAGAGAAUCCGUCUUGUUUCUUGUCUGAAUAUCUGAUGUUCUUAAAUCAAGAAGCAUUUUCUAGCCAGUAAUAUAGUGUUGCAGGGUCAAAAUAAGCAGGUUUACACGCAGAAUAACCGGCCACUGAGGGGAGCAGAGUCAUGUUUUCAUGAAAAACUCUCUUUAUUUUGACCUAUUAUGUCUGAAAACAACACCAUAUCUUGUGCUUGUCUAUAAAGUGCUUCUUGAUUUAUGUAUUUUCUAACAUUUGCACUAGAAGCAAGACAAAAACUGAGUAAGAAAAGCAUUUCUGCAGUGUUUUGCUUCCUUAAAGAGGGUUAGUUCAUGCAGAAAUGAUCGUUCUGCUAUUAUUUACUCACCCUUUACUUUUUAAAAGUCUUUAUUAGCUUCUUUCUUCGAUAUGUCUUACUUUGUGAUCAACAGACGAAAGAAACUACAAGGUUUGGACACACUUGAGGGAGAGUACAUUAGCAUUCUUUGGAGAAAUAUCUCUUUAACGAGGGUUUGUUCAUGCAAAAAUUGAUGCUGAUUUCAUUUACUCACUCUUGUUUUGAGUUUAUUUGUUCUGUUGGACACAAAAGAAGAUAUUUUGAAUAAUGAUGGAAAAGCGGUCACCAUUGUCUUCCAUAGUGUUAGUUUCUUCUACUCUGGAAAUGAAUGGUUACAGGUUUCAUAGUAUUUAUUUUUUUCUACUAUGGAUUUCAGUGGAAUAUAGAUAUUUAUCUAUCAAAUACAAAUAGAAUAUUUAUAUUCAAAAUAGAUAUUUUGAAAUGUUGGAAAUCCUAAAUGCAUUGACUUCCAUAGCAUAAAAAACUUACUUUGGAAGUCAGUGGUUACCGGUUUUCAACAUACUUCAAAAUGUCUUUUGCAUUCAAGAGACCAAACUGAUCGUUUUUAAGCGAGAUGCUAACGGUCUAAUCUGAUUCAAUGAUCUAUGCUAAGCUAAGCUAAAAGUGCUUCAGUCAGACUCAGAGAUCGACUGAAUAGAUUUAGAAAUGGUAAAUUAUUAAAUCAGAAUAUUUCUCAUUUAACAUGAAGGUUUGUAAGGACACAAGGGUGAAUAAUUAAUGGCAGGAUUCUCAUUUUGAAUUGAACGAUCGCUGUAAAUCUAUAUCAUUCGUUUUCACGUUAAGAUGACGCGAGUGUCACGCGGAGAUGCGAAACUGAGAGCGAGAGAAAGGAAUCUGCUCAUAUCCCACACACUAAACACACACUGCAGAAAAACUGGCUUUUAUUAACUGAGUUUGUGUCUCGUUUCUCGUCCAAAUAUC